UCUUCCGGAAGGUUCCGGAGGCUUCUGGAAAAGGCGCUGCUGAGGCGGGGAGUGCCCGACUCUAUAUAAGGGGCGGGCGGGGGCGGCCGCGCGCCAGUUUGCUCUUCUUUCGUCUUGCUGCCAGCUGAAGCCUUCGGGCUCCCGCUCUCUCUGCCAAGAUGCCUGAGGAAACGCAGACCCAGGACCAACCAAUGGAGGAGGAGGAAGUGGAGACUUUUGCCUUUCAGGCAGAAAUUGCUCAGUUGAUGUCUUUAAUCAUUAAUACGUUCUACUCUAAUAAAGAGAUCUUUCUGAGAGAGCUAAUUUCAAAUUCAUCUGAUGCUCUGGACAAAAUUAGAUAUGAGAGUCUGACAGAUCCAAGUAAACUAGACUCUGGGAAAGAGCUGAACAUUAGCAUCAUUCCAAACAAAGAUGAUCGCACCCUUACCAUUGUGGAUACUGGUAUUGGAAUGACCAAAGCUGAUUUAAUCAACAAUCUUGGUACAAUAGCAAAGUCUGGAACCAAAGCUUUUAUGGAAGCAUUACAGGCCGGUGCAGAUAUCUCUAUGAUUGGUCAGUUUGGUGUUGGCUUUUAUUCUGCCUAUCUGGUUGCUGAGAAGGUGACCGUGAUCACUAAACAUAAUGAUGAUGAGCAGUAUGCCUGGGAGUCUUCAGCCGGAGGGUCAUUCACGGUUAGGACUGAUGUAGGUGAACCAAUGGGCCGUGGAACAAAGGUGAUUCUGCAUCUGAAAGAGGACCAAACUGAGUACUUGGAGGAAAGAAGAAUAAAGGAAAUUGUGAAGAAGCACUCUCAAUUUAUUGGCUAUCCAAUUACGCUUUUUGUGGAAAAAGAACGGGAUAAAGAAGUCAGUGAUGAUGAAGCAGAGGAAAAAGAAGAGAAACAGGAGAAGGAAAAAGAAGAAAAGGAGUCUGAGGAUAAGCCAGAGAUAGAAGAUGUUGGCUCCGAUGAAGAAGAAGAAAAGAAGGAUGGUGACAAGAAGAAAAAGAAGAAGAUUAAAGAAAAAUACAUUGAUCAAGAAGAGCUUAACAAAACAAAGCCAAUUUGGACCAGAAAUCCUGAUGAUAUCACUAAUGAAGAAUAUGGCGAAUUCUAUAAGAGCUUGACCAAUGACUGGGAAGAUCAUUUAGCUGUGAAACACUUCUCAGUGGAAGGACAGUUGGAAUUCCGAGCCCUUCUCUUUGUUCCAAGACGUGCCCCCUUUGACCUGUUUGAAAAUAGGAAGAAAAAGAAUAACAUCAAAUUGUAUGUGCGCAGGGUUUUCAUCAUGGAUAACUGUGAAGAGCUGAUCCCUGAAUAUCUGAAUUUCAUCAGAGGUGUGGUGGAUUCUGAAGAUCUUCCUCUGAAUAUUUCACGUGAAAUGCUGCAGCAAAGCAAGAUUCUGAAAGUGAUUAGGAAGAAUUUGGUCAAAAAGUGCUUGGAACUCUUCACUGAACUAGCAGAGGAUAAAGAGAAUUACAAAAAGUUUUAUGAGCAGUUUUCUAAAAACAUUAAGCUUGGAAUACAUGAAGACUCCCAGAACCGAAAGAAACUUUCAGAAUUGCUGAGAUACUAUACUUCUGCUUCUGGUGAUGAGAUGGUUUCUCUUAAGGAUUAUUGCACGAGGAUGAAGGAGAACCAGAAGCAUAUCUAUUAUAUUACUGGUGAAACCAAGGACCAAGUGGCUAAUUCAGCUUUUGUUGAGCGUCUUCGGAAGCAUGGUUUAGAAGUGAUAUAUAUGAUUGAACCUAUUGAUGAAUAUUGUGUGCAACAGCUAAAGGAAUUUGAGGGCAAGACUUUAGUGUCUGUAACCAAAGAAGGUUUGGAACUUCCAGAAGAUGAAGAUGAAAAAAAGAAACAGGAGGAAAAAAAGGCAAAGUUUGAAAAUCUUUGCAAAAUUAUGAAAGAUAUCCUAGAAAAGAAAGUUGAAAAGGUAGUUGUAUCAAACCGGUUGGUUACUUCCCCAUGCUGCAUUGUCACAAGCACAUAUGGCUGGACGGCAAACAUGGAAAGAAUAAUGAAGGCUCAGGCACUAAGAGACAACUCAACGAUGGGUUACAUGGCAGCAAAGAAACAUUUGGAGAUAAACCCUGACCAUUCCAUUAUUGAAACUCUACGGCAAAAGGCAGAGGCUGACAAGAAUGAUAAAUCAGUCAAAGAUCUGGUCAUCUUAUUGUAUGAGACUGCACUGCUGUCUUCUGGGUUCAGUUUGGAAGAUCCCCAGACACAUGCCAACCGGAUCUACAGGAUGAUCAAGCUUGGUCUUGGAAUUGAUGAAGAUGAUUCAACUACUGAAGAAACCAAUGCAGCUAUUACUGAGGAAAUGCCUCCUCUUGAAGGAGAUGAUGACACAUCGCGCAUGGAAGAAGUGGACUAAAGCAUUCCAAUACAUGGAACUAUAGCAUGUUUCCUAGACUAGUCCGAAUAAGUUAUUUUGUAUAAGGUGUUGAGAAAAUACUUGAUGUCUUCAUUCCCUCUGAUGUAUAUUUUCAGAUAUGUUUCUUUAUUUUUGUUAAAUCACUUUUUAAAAAAAUGUAUGGCAUGAACUUGCUAUUUAUGGGGAAGUUUAGGUUUCUUUCCCCUUCUGAGUAUAAUCAGUACUGUGAUACCUUAGACAUUCAAGCAAGAACUAGUAAUCAUUGUAGUUUAACUUUGGUUUUAUUUUAGGGAGGGAGAAAUAAUAUCCUUAAUAUAUGUCCAACAUUGUAAUCUAAUGUUAGCUCACUAACACUCUUGUGGUCUGGUAACAGUAUAUAGCUAUCAGAAAGCUGAAUAAUGGAAAUACUCCUUGGUCUCUAAAAUACACUGUUUUGAGGUAUCUUAAAAUGUUUAUAAAACUAUCUUUCUUUUAUAUACGUAAAAGAAUUGAGUUCCGUUCUAUUCCAUUCAUUUUUGCAUGUAUAAACCCUGAAGUCUAGGAAAAUAAAGUGUUAACACCAAGAAA